GAGACGUUAUCGGGAACGUGAAGCCCAGGACGGACGGGGCGGGCAGGAGCGGCCACAUCUCAUCUCAUCCUUCCACCGCGGCCGGCAGCACAUCACGGGCCUGCCGUGCCGCCACCGUGGCGUUUUAUUGUCUGUUCGAAACCACCACUGCCUGCGCCUUCUUCUGGAGAAAGGCAGGCGGAGGCGGACAGGCCACCCCCGCACCUCAUUCCACAAUUAUUUGCGCCCGUCCCAUGUCAGUCGGCUUUAAAAGGACACGAGCGCUUAAACCCCCACCCCAUAUCCGCAUCCGCUGCCUCCGCCUCUCGAGUCUCGUCCACCCGUCAUCCUCCUAGCUCCUCUACUCGCCAGUCGCCAUGGGCAAGAUUAAGAUCGGAAUCAACGGCUUCGGAAGGAUCGGCAGGCUCGUGGCCAGGGUCGCCCUCCAGAGCGAGGAUGUCGAGCUCGUCGCCGUCAACGACCCCUUCAUCACCACGGACUACAUGACCUACAUGUUCAAGUACGACACCGUCCACGGCCACUGGAAGCACAGCGACAUCACACUCAAGGACUCCAAGACCCUUCUCUUCGGUGACAAGCCGGUCACCGUCUUUGGCAUCAGGAACCCUGAGGAAAUCCCGUGGGGUGAGGCUGGCGCUGAGUAUGUCGUGGAGUCCACCGGCGUCUUCACUGACAAGGACAAGGCUGCUGCACAUCUCAAGGGUGGUGCCAAGAAGGUUGUUAUCUCUGCCCCAAGCAAAGACGCACCCAUGUUUGUUGUUGGUGUCAAUGAGGACAAGUACACCUCGGAUGUUAACAUUGUUUCCAAUGCUAGCUGCACCACAAACUGCCUUGCUCCCCUUGCUAAGGUCAUUCAUGACAACUUCGGCAUUGUUGAGGGUUUGAUGACAACUGUUCAUGCCAUCACUGCCACCCAGAAAACUGUUGACGGACCCUCAGCCAAGGACUGGAGAGGUGGCAGGGCUGCCAGCUUUAACAUCAUUCCUAGCAGCACCGGUGCUGCCAAGGCUGUUGGUAAAGUUCUUCCUGAUCUGAAUGGCAAGCUCACUGGUAUGUCCUUCCGUGUUCCUACUGUGGAUGUCUCGGUUGUUGACCUCACCGUCAGAAUCGAGAAGGGGGCCUCCUAUGAGGAUAUCAAGAAAGCUAUUAAGGCUGCUUCCGAGGGUCCACUCAAGGGUAUCAUGGGUUAUGCGGAGGAGGAUCUGGUUUCUACCGACUUCCUUGGUGACAGCAGGUCGAGCAUCUUCGACGCCAAGGCCGGGAUCGCUCUGAACGACCACUUCGUCAAGCUCGUCUCGUGGUACGACAACGAGUGGGGCUACAGCAACCGCGUCGUCGACCUGAUCCGCCACAUGUUCAAGACCCAGUAGAGGGGUUUUUUCCCCCUGCUUCUCAUGGAUGGUUGCUGCUUGUGUAUGCCGAGAAUAAAUGUGGAUGGCGCGUGCCUCUGGGUCGCCAGGUUCAUGCUGAGUCUGGACAUGUUUUGCACUUUUGCUUCCCUUCCUGCUACCAUCUGUGACAGAACCGCUCGCUAAUAUGGGACCUGAGAUUAGCUUUUUGCUGCUUGUGGUGAGGUUGCAGUUUUGUUC